AUGAGGUCAUACGUUACAUUGGCCGCAGUUCUGGCAACUGCGCUCGUGGCGGUGCCGAUAAACGCCGAAAGCGCCAAGGGUGACGUUUUGCGAUCUGCAAACGGGACGCAGGGCGACCUGGACCAGAUCAAGGGUAUCUCGAUUGGCGGCUGGCUCGUGCCAGAGCCGUUCAUCACGCCGUCGGUGUUUGAGACGGCCGUGGAGUGGGCGCGGGACGCGGGGAGCAAUGUGAGCAUCAUAGAUGAGUAUACGCUCUGCGAAGCAUUGGGCCCGAAGACCGCCAAGGCGUUGCUCCAGCAGCACUACGACACUUGGAUAACCGUGAACGACAUCCGGGAGAUAAAGCGGCACGGCUUCAACCUUGUACGAAUACCCGUCGGCUACUGGGCGUGGAAGAAGCCCGACAGCGAGGACGAAUACGUGGGCAACAUCACAUACUGGGACCCAUAUGUGGGCGGGAUCCAAUUGGAGUACCUCAAGAAGGCCUUGUCGUGGUGCGCGGACACGGGCCUCCGUGCGUUGAUCGACUUGCACACCGCGCCGGGAUCGCAGAACGGGUUCGACAACUCCGGGCAGCGACUUGACGAGGAGGACAGCCUCCUCUGGCUCAACCAGACCGGCACCGGCGAGCUCACGAGCGCGGUGCUCCACGACAUCUUCACGCACAUCCUCGACGAGUUCAACGACGUCGUAUGGGCGGUCGAGAUCCUCAACGAACCGAUCGCCGAGACCAUCGGCGUCGACAAGGUCAUAGACUUCUACAACGACACCAUCCAGCACUACAUCUCGUUGAACAAAACCAAGCCGCUAGUAAUCCAGUCUGCCUUCGAGCCCGCAGGCUUCUGGGACGACUACUGGAACGACACCUCGGUGCCGGUUCUCGUCGACUACCACUACUACCACGUCUUCUCCCGCGACCAGCUCAGCAGCGACACGAUGCAGCGUCUCGUGAAUGUCGCGCACGCCGCCAGCGACGUCAGCGACACCAUGGACGCCCACAGCUCAUUUAUCGGCGAGUUCUCCGGCGCGAUCACCGACUGUGCCAAAUGGCUCAACGGGCUCGGCGUCGGCGCCCGCUACGACAGCACCUACUACGACACCUUCCCGCCCAAGAACUCCAGCUGGCGCGAGCCGCUUGGCAAGUGCUCGUCGCAGCGCGACAUCUCCCUCUGGGACGACAGCUACAAGUCCGCCGUCCGGCUGUUCAUCGAGGUCCAGCUCCGCUCCUUCGAGCACAGCACCCGCGGCUGGAUCUUCUGGACCUGGAAAACGGAGGGCGCCGGCGAGUGGGACUACUUGAAGCUUGUGCACCACCACCUCUUCCCGCAGCCCUUCGACAACUACCGCUUUUUCAGCGACGACGGCUUCAUCGCCCUCCAGGACGCGCAGCCGCGCAACUCCGCCGCACCGCGCAGCUCCGCCGCCGGCGCGCCGCGCCCCGCCGUCCUCGCGCUGCUCCCCGCGCUCUGCGCGGCUGCCGCGCUUCUCGUCUCCGACGUUAUGUAG